CAUUCACUUCUAAAAGACCUCAAUUUAUCAAGAUUACAAUCAAUCAUUUGAGUAUCCUUAAUUUUCGACCAUUUAAUUCAUCAUUAUCCCAAUUAAGUCUAACUUAUCCAAUUUAACUUAGUUUGCCUAGACCCGCAGUCGAUAUACCUUCAAUCUAGUCCAAAAUUAUCGAAUUCGAGGUCAUAUACCUCCAAUAACUCGGAAGACAGCAAGGUACUUUAUUCUUCCCAUCAUAAUAUUUUGUCUUUGAACAGCGGUGUCACCUAGCAGCCACCAUCAUCUAUCUAACGAGCUGUUUUAGAAGACAUAGUACCAUUAACCUUCCCCGCUCCUCCCCCCUCUCAAAUUAUUCCAAGAAGAAAUACAUAUCGGAGGAGAACAACGGUAUAAGGUCAGUCAUAUUGGCAUAUAACCUUCGGUUGGAAUAGGGUUCGACGAUACCACCGUUGGCUUAAUUUCCCUAUACCGACAUGGCGUUGCAUCGUCAUCUCUCUCGAAUCACUUCAAAAUAUUUACAUCUCCUAGGACACUACGAUAAUAAGGUUUAUUGCACUUGGGUACAAUAUUCGCCGUGUAGGUGACCUCACCUAGGCGAUACGUUCAUCUAUCUCAUUAUCAUAAACUAGAUUAGACGUUGCAACGUGACAUCAUCACUUGCCGACUCGCGUAUCACAUAGUUGCUGUCCGCGACCCAUUGGUAUUCGUUUUAGUAGUAUCACUUAAACGAACGAUUUUUCGCAAACCAUUAUGGCGAACGUAGAUGCAGCUGGACCAAUUUUAUGGUGGGUUAUCAUUUCUUUGCAAAACACUAAACAUCGGAAGCAUUGUUAUCAUUAACUCUGGCACAUAAACUUAAUGAAGCUAGGGAUACCUGAAUUUCUUGUUUUGUCACGACUUAUCCCAAAGUUUUGCUCAUUGAGUUUGUAAUAUUGUGGAAAGAUUCUACUUUGUUUUUGUUUUGAUUGAUUUCAUCGUACUAAUUAAGUUUCUCAAUAUUUGGCGCAUCAAAGCCGUUCAUUUUGGCUAGGUCACUUCAACAUUUUGUAAUAUUGGAGAGGCAUAGCCUUGCAAGAUUUCAGUUGGACUUUAUGGCAAAGUGUUAUAUAACCCUACAGAAUGUCUAAUAUUCAAAAUUCUUUGAUAUCGGUAAUCUUAACACGUUACUAACGAGGGUUUUACAUAGGUCCGCGGAGGGAGAAACUGUCGACGGAGAAACUGUCAACGUAUACAUCGGGAAGUGUCAAAGUCGAUUCGAAAUCAACAAAGCUUUUCUGCUGGACAAAGUUCCCUUUUUCAGGACAAUGUUCAAGCGUUUCGGCCCAAGGGUCAUAGGAAGGAAGGCCAUAUACCCAAAUGGUGACCCCGAAAGCUUCGGCAUACUUUUGAACUGGCUCCAUACCCAUAGACUACCAGCCUUGGCUGCCAAGUUUGAAAAGGGGGAUGGAGAAGUUGAAUACUUUGGUUAUCAACCUGAUAAGUUAUACUAUCUGGUUGCAAAGUUCCAACUUUUCAAUCUAGCGAACCACAUCAUGGAUUGUCUUAAGCCAUGCCAUCAUUAUCUUUAUGUUGGAUUCUCCAAAGAACAGAUAAUGUCCAUAUAUAGCCAAGACAUUAAUGAAGGGGUCCCAUUUUAUGGACUUCGAAAAUUUGUCUCUAUGUGGUUGCUCCACGAGUGGAACAAUCCGCGGUUCGAGCACAAUUCGACGACAAAGGCCGAGUACGAGUCUCUUCUGGAAAUACCAGAAAUUCUCGAAGACCUAAGUCGCCUGGAUUCUGGUCUCGAGAGAAGAUGUCCAUGGCACUUGUUGACUUGCAGCUUGCAUAAGCAUGACGAGAACAACCGAUGUGCGCAACGGAUGUACACAUUCGAAACCGUGGAGUCAAGUCAUGGCGAGAUUUCAGUACAUACUCGACUGAGAUAAGUUCAACUCGGAAAAUGGUACGGCUAUAUACCCAACCACUGUGGAG